UAUGAGACGGUGACCUCGCUGGGAUUUCCCAUUCCCAAACCUGAGCUGAUUGCCCAGCUGGAACGAGGGGAAGAGCCAUGGGUCCCGGAUCUCCUGGCCUUCAAGGAAAGAGAGAUCCUGAGAGGCACCCGCACAGCAGGUGCUGAGCAAGGGAGUGAGAACGAGAAGGGGAAUCGUCAUGAGGAUGUUCUUGGAGAAGUGGAACCACAGGGGACCUUUGUGGAAAGGGCUGAAGGGAAUUUUUCCCAGUGCUUGGAAGAGGGAGAAGCCUGGGGAAAUUGGCACAGGUCAGAAAGGCUGAUGGGAAACUGCCCGAGGAAGAAAAUGGAUGAAUCUAUUAACUGUGGGGGAGGAAACAAGGAUCCCACAGCCCAGCAGACAAAUCCCAAGGAAGAGAAACCCUACCACUGCCCCCAGUGUUGGAGAGGAUUCGUUGUGAGAUCACAGCUUCUUAUACAUCAAACAAUCCAUAACAGCUCAGACUUCAAUACCCAUGGGAGAGUCGACACGGGAGAGAAACGCUAUCAAUGCCUUGAGUGUGGGAAAUGUUUUAAUUGGACGUCAGCACUUAUUACACAUCAGGCAACCCACAUGGGGGAGAGACCCCAUAAGUGCUUGGAGUGUGGGAAAAGCUUCAGUAACAGCUCAAAUCUUACUAAACAUCGGAGAAUCCACAUGGGAGACAGACCCUAUAAAUGCCUCGAGUGUGGGAACUGUUUCAGUCAGAAGACCACCCUUAUUAUGCAUCAGAAAACCCACACAGGAGAGAAACCCCAUAAGUGCUUGGACUGUGGGAAAAGUUUCACACAGAGAUCAGCCCUGAGUACACAUCAGACAAUCCAUACAGGAGAGAGACCCUAUAAAUGCCUCGACUGUGGGAAAAGUUUCAUACAGCGCUCACAUCUUCUUCGACAUCUGAGAAUUCAUACUGGGAAUAAACCUCAUAAAUGCCUCCACUGUGGGAAAGGUUUCAUUCAGAGAACAAACCUUAUUUCCCAUCAGACAAUCCACACAGGAGAGAAGCCCUAUAAAUGCUUGGACUGUGGGAAAAGCUUCAAGAACAGCUCCUAUCUCACUAAACAUCGGACAAUUCACACAGGAGACAGUCCCUAUAAAUGCCUCCUCUGUGGCAAAAGUUUUGUUCUCAGUUCCGACCUGAUUGUGCAUCAGAGGAUUCACACAGGAGAGAAACCCUACGUAUGCUUGGACUGUGGGAAAAGCUUCAAGAACAAUUCCUACCUUACUAAACAUCGGAGAAUGCACACAGGAGAGAGACCUUAUAAAUGCCUCGAUUGUGGGAAAUGUUUCAGUCAGAAGUCAUCCCUUAGUACCCAUCGGACAAUCCACACUGGAGAGAGACCCAAUAAGUGCUUGGACUGUGGGAAAAGUUUCACCCAGCGGUCAGCCCUUGUUAUACACCAGAGAAUCCACACAGGAGAGAGACCCCAUAACUGUUUGGACUGUGGGAAAAGUUUCACGCACAGAUCAGCCCUCCUUAGACAUCAGGCCAUCCACACAGGAGAGAGACCCCAUGAGUGCAUGGAAUGUGGGAAACGUUUCAUUCAGAGAUCAACCCUUAUUAGACAUCAGGCAGUCCACACAGGAGAGAGACCCCAUGGGUGCUUGGACUGUGGGAAGUGUUUCACCAACAGGUCAUCCCUUAUUAGGCAUCAGGCCAUCCACACAGGCGAGAGACCCCAUAAGUGCCUGGACUGUGGGAAUAGUUUCAUUCAGAGAUCAAACCUUAUUAUACAUCAGAGAAUCCACACAGGCUAUAAACCUCAUAAAUGCCUGGCCUGUGGGAAAAGUUUCAGGAAGAGUUCAUACCUUACUAAACAUCUGAGAACUCACAAAGGCGUGGGAGACCCACGGAACAGCUUGAUUGCAGAAAAAGAUUCAAUCCGAGCUCACACGUCAGUGAUCCACAAAACAGAGAGAACUUGAACAAUGGGGAAGCUUCAUUUGGUGCUCCCAGAGAAUCGGGCAUCAGCAAAUCCGCACAGGAAAGUAACCACUGAGAUGUUUGUUCUCAGCGUGGAAAAUGCUCCAAGUGGAACUAACACCACGUUGGACAUCAGACUCGACUCCGCACAGCAGGGAAAUUCUCUGAGUGCCCUGACUUUGGCUGGCCAUAAUAACAAACCCAUUUCCUCGUUCCUACACACAUCAGGGGCAUUUGGCUCCCAAGAAUCCAGCUUCCCAUGGCUGAGGUGAGGAUCCAGCAGCAGCUGAGCAUCAGCUGGUCAGUGACCCUCUGGCUCUGCCUGGUCUAAGCAAACCCCAGGCAGAGGAGGAGAAGCCCCGAUCAGCCCCCGCUCCCUGCUGCAGCCCUGGCUGCUGAGCUGAUGGGCCACA